GCGGCCGCGAGCGCUCCACAGAGCCCCGCGGGGCCGGGCCUGGCAGACUCCCGCCCUUCCCGCCACGCCGCCUUCCGCGCUGCGGGUCGGGGCAUCAUGGCGGCGGCCCUGCUGGAUGUGGCGCACUGGAGCACCUGGGCGGUGUGCGCCGUCAUCAAGCUGCCGCAGCUGGCGGCCGUCCUGGCGGCAGGGUCGGCGCGGGGGCUCAGCCUGGGCAGCCUCGUGCUGGAGCUGGUGGGCUUCGUUGUGUUUCUGAGGUACCAGAUUUAUUAUGAUUACCCUCUGCAGUCAUACCUGGAAUAUCCCAUCAUCAUCGCUCAAGAUGUCAUUCUCCUUUUGCUUAUUCUACAUUUCAGUGGAAACAUGAAACAAGCUUUGCUUUAUGCAGUCACGUUCUGGGGGGGCUGGUACAUGCUAACGCUGCGGAGGUGGAUCAUAGACCUGGCCAUGAACCUGUGCACGCUCAUCAGUGCAGCGAGUAAGCUCGCUCAGCUGCAGUGCCUGUGGCAGAGCAAAGAUUCUGGACAAGUGAGCGCCUUGACCUGGAGCAUGUCUGCGUACACCUGUGCAACAAGAAUAUUUACGACUGUAAUGACUACAAAUGAUCUGAUAGUUCUCAUCCGUUUCAUAACCAUGCUCGUUCUCAAUCUCUGGGUCACGGCCACAAUCCUGCGCUACAGGAGAACUAAAAAGACCGAUUAGAAGAUGCUCAUCAGCAUGCAGUGUGAAAAGAAAAAAAAGGAAAAGGAAACUGAUAUGGUUAAACAACAGAAAAAAGCUGAGGAGAAGUUGAAAGGGGAGAUUUAAUCUGGAUAUAGGGGAAAAUAUAGGGGAUCCUCAUCAGGAUGGUGAGGCACUGGCACAGGUUGCUCAGAAAGGUGGUGGAUGCCCCAUCCCUGGAGACACCCAAGGUCAGGCUGGAGGGGCUCUGAGCACCUGGUGGAGCUGUGGGUGUCCCUGUGCAUUGCAGGGAGUGGAACCAGAUGGCUUUCAAGGCUUCUUUCUAACUCAGAUGAUUCUGAUUCUGUGAAGCGCUCUCUCUUAAGCCUCGUAAUUUGUCUCUAGAAAGAUUUAGUGCAGUUCCGCUUAUUUUCUCAUAGAAAUAAUUCUGUUAAGAUACUUAAUUUAGGCAGCACACUUUUAUUAGUUAUUUGUGACGAGUUUCCCUGAUCCCACUUUUUCUCUGAAUCUUUUUUAGUAAAUGAACAAGGUAUUUGUAUUUAGACAUGUGUAUGUUCUCAUGUCACUUCAGUACUUUCUGGUUACAUAUUAGCAAUUAUUUUCUUCAAAUCUACAAAUUAUACAAGAGAACUUUGUGGCAGCAUAUCUGCUCUUCUGUCUACAUCUGCUGCCAGUGCCAGGUGCUUCUUUUUCUUGCAAGCAACUCAAAUAGUCAGAUGUUAAGUACCUGUAUUUUAGCAUAGAGAAAAUCUGGGUAAAGGCCCAAUUCAGAAUAUAUUUCUAAAUGAGUUUAACAAAGUCAGGGAUCCAGCUGAGACUGGAUCUCUGUGUGCAGCACUGCACACAGCAUUUGAGUGGUACAUUCACACCCCUGAUACAGGAUAUCUGUAGUCACUUCCAUACAGGCAGUUUUUAUUAUGAUAAGAACAAAAACAACCGUGUUCUUCUUUCUCAGCAUGCGCUCUCCAUCACUGAACACGUUGUUUUGGGAACAGCAGUAACUGGAAGGUAUGGAGAUUAGUGAGACUCUGAGAGUUAAUUCUGUUCCAAGAGAGGCUCCUGCAGUGAUGCCCAGUCUCCGUAUGCAGUCUGCUCUGACUGUAGCCCACCUAUGCACUGUGAUGCACUGAAGCAAACCCGUCUGCAGUGGUUAUCAGGCUUUGAUGAUGCUACAAUAUGCUUUCUUACUUUUAACCUGUCCUGAAGAAUUUAUAGACUGAAGUUGAAUUUUUACUGUGAAGAUUCCAACCGGUUUUAGUAGGUAUGUUUAAAAAGGGAGAAAGAUGUUCUUAAAAAUUUGUAGCAGGGGAUUUUACUUUUGGAAGAGGUACUUUUCCAACCCUAAGUUAGAGCAGGUACCAAAGAGAAAUAGAACGACCACUGAUUUCUCAACGCAUUCUCCAAAAUGAGAAGAUAGGCCUUUUCAAUAGUCUUACACUAUUGCUGCUGAUCAGCAUGCUGAAAACAAGGUGCUUGUGAUCCUGGCAGGCUUGCAAACUAUGGGAAGACUCAGUGAGUACAUUUGAGUCAGGUUUUCCUUGCAACGUGCUGAAUCACUGGGAUGUUACAGAGCAGUGGGAUCUGCAAAAGCAGAUCUUUCUGCCAGCAGUCGUACAGCAAGCAGAGACCUUCACUGUCUGAAACAAAGCUGCUUUGUCAGCUCUGAUUCUGGGGAGGGAAGGGGUGGAAAGAGGUAUGUCUGUGGACAUAUGCUUUUGGGUAUCUCACAUUAUUGAGAGAAAAUUAAAACAUGAGGCUUUUUUACUGCUUCAGUAAAGAAUGCUCAGAAGUUUCUCUGUUGGUUGAGAGAGUAAUUGUAAAUGUUCUACUGAUUUUCCUGAAGCUAUCUGAACUGUCUAAUUUGGUGGCAAGUGGCAUGUAAUAUGUUUUCCAGGUCUUAUGAAUAAAUGCUAUUCUUCAUGAUUGAUUAAUGUCAUUCUUGUGAGUUUUCAUUGUGUUCAAUGUUUUUAUUGUGUCCUUUUACGAAAAGAGAAAAAAAGGUUCAUUACAGGCCAUAAAUGGGCAGCCUUCACUUUAACACUCAAAGCAUCAGGCUGUACAUCAGUCAACCUGUACAAUGCAGAGAGGUCCAGCACCUUACAGGAACAAAACACACAUCUCUUAUCUGGUUUUUAAUCUGUUUUAAUAGACAAUGCUCUGUUUGGGCUCAGAACUCUGUUAUUGGUGUCUUUCAACCUCCUCAGUGACUCUGUAGGAAAAUUGAGACCGCUUCUGGUUUGAUCAUCAGCACUUCACUUGUUUUUCCAUCAUAAAAUGUUGGAAAUGCAUUUAAGGUAAGUUCUUCAAAAGGUAGUUGAUGUAUGGAGGAUAAAUCUUGGAAACUUGUGGGAAACAGGAAAGAAACAGUUGGGUAAAUGAUGAGCUUAAGUAGAGUAAUUCUAUGGACUUGGAAAGCUGGAGCAUGAAUUCUCAAGCUGUGUGGGAUAUGAACAAGUCAGAAGGUGGUGGUGGUAGUUGUAUGUACUUUUCUCUCUCUGUUUUUUGUGGGUUUUUUUUCUUUCUUUUUUCUUUUUUUUUUUGCUCCCAAAGAAUAAUUUCAUUUCUGUUUGUAAAGUAGAGAAUUGUGGUCAAGUCUUGGGCAAGCCCCAUACAAGCAUAGAUCCUGCGGCCUUCUAUCUGUAAACCAUAAUCUUCUCAAGUAGCUGGAUUAAAGGCAGUAGCUUUAGACAAAAGAGAAGGAUAAAUCUUGUUAAACCUGUCACUCAGUGGUUAUUGGGGUGGGUGCAAGCAAGUUGUUCACUGCACGGUGCAGCAGGUGGCCCAGAGCAAACAGGGAAAGCAGCUCAGGUCUGUUUAUUGUUUGAAAGGCAGUAAGCAACUUCUGUCCACAGAGGUGAAGGUAAUUCUCCACAUGCAGAUUGUGUUGAAGUGCUGAAUCACCCACACAGCCUCUGCUUGCAUCAGGUGACAACACGUUCACAGGGUAAAAUUGCUUUCCCUGGGUUGGAAAGCGUGGGACCUACCAGGGCUUACAAGAAGUAUGAGUUGUCUUGCCCAAACAAUACUAAAUUUCAAUCUAGUACAGGCCAGUGAAAUUUGAAUGCAGCCCCAAGUCUCUCCAGCUGUGACUUUAUGAUUCUGUGUUAACUAUGUUAAGUGGUUAAGCUACAGCAUGCGUUCAGCAACAAAGCUCUCUUUAGCAGUAUGUCAGAGGAGGCAUUUCUCUUGAGACCCGCUGCCCAAAGGCAGAACAAGGAUGUGACUGCAGAGAACAGGUUACAACUCUAAAAGAAGGGAUGCAUCGACAGUGGAAGAUGGGUAUGGUUCUUUUCCCAGAAGUUUCUGAAUUGUCAUCAGUGAUCACACAUGCAAACCCAGGACUUCCUCUCCAUAAGACUUAGCUUUCUGCAUAGAGUAAGAGCACACAGGCUCAGAUGUGUUUCUUUGCAUUGCACUAAUCCAGCAAAAGAUUUUACAGCUUUGAGCACUCAGCUCCCUGUUCUGGGACCUCUUCUGCUGGCUUGUGUGUGUGUGUAGCUGCUUCUCAACCUGGUCCUGCCAAUGUAAUCCAGUAAAACGGGAGAAAGGAGCAGGCUGGCAGACAGGGAACAAAACAGAAAAACCCAACCACCUUUGAAUCAAAUGUUAUUAAAUUCUUGAUUUUGGUCAGGGCUUAAUUUGCUUGAUUUUGAGCUUUAUUUCUCAGAGGUAAGGGCUGGUGAGGUCAGAUAGGCUCCCAAGAGCCACGGCAAACAGUACCAUGAGGACCUGCCAGUUCACCACGUGCUGGAUUCUAUUGCUUGAGGCCUCAGCAGGGACAGAGCCGAGCCUUGAUAUAGCUCAGCGUUUGCUGCCUGAUAGCAGACAGAGAGACACCUCCAGGACAUCAACCAGUCCGUCCUUCCUUCCUUGGUAGUGGUUGGGGGCAAGAAUCCUUCUUGGAAAUGUUCAAGCUUUGGUUUGGAGGUAAAAUACAGACAUAAUGAUCCUAUGUAUUACUCCCGAUGAAAUUUAAGGGGAUAUCCUAAAUACAAUUUAAAUAUUUGUCAUGAUUUAGUUCAUGUCCUGUUUUUCUGUUGUUGAGGCUGGAAUUUAUCCAGCUCAGCAGAGCUAGCUUAGACUGUGCGUAGACUAAACAAGUGCUUCCUUAUAUUAUGUGGUAUUAUUUAUUCACAGGAAGAGCACUUGAACAGGGCUGAAAUCUCGUUUUAUCCGUCAAGCAUUCUGGAAAUGAAAGGGCAGAACCUGCACUAUCUCAGUGUGGCAAGAAGAGCCAGCUAAUGAUGAUUAAAAUUGAAUAGUAACAUGGCUCCAUGCUAAAAAACCAAUUUUACUUACCACCUUGUUGUAACUGGAAAUCUUCAGUGCACGUGCUCUCUUUGGGACGUUGACUAUUUCUGCUUUUGGAGGCUUCAGUCAGCAGUACCAAAGUGCUGGCCUGUCUCACACCAUACUAGAGGUGUAAAUAGAAGAGCAUGCGUUCUAUGCCUCAGUGCCCUGUGUAAAUUACGUGGUCAGGACUGUACUGAAGCAUAAACUGAGCUUAUGCAAAACAUUUUUUGUUACCCUCUUUCACUUUUGAGUGACUACAUACAGGUUCCACCAAGGUGUGAGAAGGCAAUUCUGUCGUUCCUCCCAGCAACCUAAAGAAGGCCACAGGGACACAGAAUUGCUGCUCUCUGCCCUUUCUUUUCAGGGUGAAGAUACGUCCUUCCAGAGUUCUUUAGGUAUGUAGGAUUGCAUACACUCAAGACUUCAUAAUUUUGCUCCCUCGUGCAGCAGUGCAUUCACCGUGUCUUUCAUUUUGAAAGAUCACUUUAAUCUCAUGGUUUCUGUAAGAUCAGUGGAGCAAGAGCAGUACUGAUCAAAUCUUGCAGCGUGGUUGCAAUAGCAAGUAUCAGGAAGUAACGUGCCUUUCUUACCCUGAUCGAACACUACUUCCUGCCUACAAAGGGGUAAAGAUUCUAAAUCCCAAACUUUGUAGUAAGGCUUAGUCCUCACAGGCAUCUUGGAGCUACAGGGAGCUCUCUCAUUCAUUGCAGCAGUUCUGGAACAAACUACACCAGCAGUGUUCAGACAGUGUUCUUUUCUGCCACAUAGACCUCAGUAGGCUCAUGUGAGCAUGUCUGAGUAUGUCACCUGCUUCACAGGCAACUGUAACUAAGAGCAUGAAUUAGUUUCAGAACUGCUCUGUCAACAUCUUUUAAACAGAUUCAAAUGAAAACUCCUUCCCACUCUUGUGAGAGAUAUUUCAAAGCAGUAUGCAACCCCCCAUGGUCCACGGGACACUGAUGAUCCCUGAAGCAGCUUACAGUGUCACUGCAUUAUAUUACAAAUGCUCACACUCCUAAUGAACAUCCAGAACUUCCUGAGAAACUGAACACAGAAAGCACGCUGUGUCCAGCAGAAAGCUUGCUGGCCACAGUGACCCAAGAGAGCUGCUGAGUGCCUGCCAAGCAUCCAGCAUCUUCAAGAGGUGGUAAAAGAUCCAGACACUUGCAGUGAAACAUCAGUGACUCUUUACAUUUGCUGACUGUCAAAGUACUUCAGCUUCUGCGCUUCCAAAUCCUUGGAAGAACUGCGCUCUGUAUCAUGUUUUAGAUUCAGCAUCAGCCACGCUAAGAAGUGCAGGAAGUUCUGAGUUCUGUUGCACGCAUGCUUGGUGCUCCAUCCGGCAUCGCUGUAAGGGGCUGAGCUUUGGCAGGAGCCACUGGAACUGUGGAAGUGCAGCACACAACCAGGACAGUCAUGGAAAUGUACUUUCAGGAAGGCCUUUGUGUCAGCUGACAUGCUGCUCAGAUGGGGGCUUCUCGUCCAGCUUCUGUGCUGAUGAGCUCCUGGAUGGAAACCAACAGCAACUUGUCUGUACAUGUCUUGAGCUUCUGGCUCCCAGUUUGAGCCCUGAUUUUUCCAGAAGGUUAAUCUGCAGUUUGGCUGUAUACUUGGCUGUGUCUGUAUACUCUUGUGAAACAACAGGCCUUGCAAUAAGAUAAUUUUUUUAGAUAAAAUCAGCCAGGCCAUAAAAAUGUUCUGUCUGCUGCAACAGCCCUGUGACAAAAAUAAACCAUAUGAAACAUCCAGUCCCUGAUAUUCUCUCAGUUUUAAAUACCAGACAAUAGGGAGACACUGCAACCCCAGGAACUAAUAUUAAUGGGGUCCUUUCAAUCCACAGAUCAGCACAUGAAAGCUCUGACACGCAAGAGGGACAGAAGAACUGCUCUGGCUUUUCUGUCCCGGGUACAAAACAAAGGCUGUUCACAUCAUACUAUUGGCCAAAUGACCUCCACGUUACAGCUCAACAUUGCCCACAUUUGUUUCUUUUGGGACACAACUGCAUGUAGGAGAGCUGAGGAAUGCUACAGUACUUUCAUCCCUAGACGCACUGGAAACCCAAAGAGACCAGGUCUCGAGGUCCCCCUUCUAAGGAGGACUUGCUUUAUGGGAGAGGUCCAACCAGCAAACUGUGCUCCAUUUCAGCCCCUAUCAUUCUACAAUACCUUCUCAAUACAGCCUGCUGUAUGUGUAGCUAGUAACUAUUUCUGUAAGUACAGACUGUAUAAACUGCAGCUAGUAAAUACUGUAUGACAUACAGUUCCUAAAAUACCAGGCAUGACAGGGCUGUAGGGAUUCACAAUAGAUGAGGGCAAGACAUGCAGAGGAAGUGCAACAGAUCCAACCUGGUACAUGAUGGGCUGCAAACCAACUCCACAGAGCAUGCCCUUCUUCUCCACACAGCCUCUGCUUGGCUUUGCCUUCCCCAUAUCUGCUGCAGUAGUUGCCUAUAUGUUUCAGUACUUCAAUUAAUUACCAGCUUGUCAAGUUCAGGAACUAUUUUACCUUACUCAAAUAGUUUAUUUAAAAAUAUAUAUAUAAUAUUCUCCAAUUCAGAAAAGGAUAGAACUUCCCACAAUGUAACAUUUUUUUUAUAUAUAUAAAAUAUUUAUGCAUUCAGUGAAUGGAAACAGUUUUACUGUAUACAUUUUUAAUGUUGUACUCUACGCAAAUCUGCUUGACCUAAAAAUAUACCGUACUUCUGUAAAUCCAAACAAGCAGGGAAAAAACACCGUAGCUGUGCGUUGGGUUAAAAUACCUAAAGAGAAAUGAUACGAAAGAUUUAGGUCUGGAUUUAAGAACUCACAAACAAUGUUUUACUUUGCGAGUGCAUAAAUAGAAGACUGAAUACAUUCUGGCUCUGUUAAGCUGAACUGCAGUUACAAAAUGCAAAUAUAUUUAUUCAUUUUCAGUAUUUCAGUGUUUCCAAGUCCACCAUUCAUGAUAGUGUUAAAUAAAUCAUGGUCCUAUCCUUCCAAACAUUUCAACACUCUUUAAAAAAACAAAAACAAACAAACAAAAUUUUAAAGUGAAAUGUCCUCCUUCAUUGAAGUGUUAGAUCAUAUUUUAAAUUACUGCACUCCCACACAAUAGUUUAUAUAUAUAUAUAUAUUUUAAAUAUAUAUAUAUAUUUAUAUAUAUAAAGAGACCAAAUAGGAGACUACAUUUUUUACUGUCAAUAUGUUGAACAUAGCAUACUGCAGUUGUAUAAAACAUGCAUUUUCUGGGAUAAUGAUGAACGCAUCAUGAAUGAGUCCACAUAAACUCUAUUUUUUGUACAACUCCCAAGUAAAAAAAAAAAAAAAGUCCAAUUAA